CAUAAAGAAAGGGACUGCGAAUUAAACAGUGAGCGAAUCUUUCUGCUGAACAGAUUCGAGUCACGGAGAUGAAGCAAAACCCCGACUACUAGACUGGAGCUUGGAUUACAUUAUGGGAAAUAUGAAGUGCUGACUGCACACAGCUGUGCUCGGUGCAAGGCAUCUGACAUUUCCGGGAGCUGCAAGUCUCUCUCUAUUGGCUGGAGUCGCAGGAUCCCUCAGCAAAACCCUCCUCUCGCGAAAAAGGCUAGACUUCAAAUGAUGUUUUAAAGUCUGUCUGUGUUCCCAGCUCCUGAGCCCAUCUCCGCCAAGAACCUGCUAGAUUUCACCUCCUCUACAGAAAAAAGGCACAAAGGUGAAGUGAAAGGCUGGUCCUGUGUGCUGUCUCUCUCUCACUCUUCAUCUCUGUCUCAGUGAGUGUUACACAUGGCCUCCUCACUCCUGACCCGCCAGCUGGCCAUCUCCCUUCAGCAAAACCUGCGUCUCGCCGCUCCAGGUUCCAGAUAUGUCAGCAAAACUGCCACAAAGACAGUUUCAGAGUUUGAAUAUGAUGCCCCAUCCAUGAAAACUGCUGUGCCAGGUCCAAAGUCGCAGGAGCUGCUGAGACAACUCGGAGAGAUUCAGAAUGUUGGAGCGGUUCAUUUCUUCUGCAACUAUGAGGAGAGCAGAGGGAACUACCUGGUGGACGUGGAUGGCAACCGAAUGCUGGACGUGUACACACAAAUUUCCUCCAUCCCCAUCGGUUACAAUCAUCCAGCAUUAAUGAAAGUGAUGACCAAUCCAAAUAAUGUGAGUGCAUUUGUCAACCGGCCGGCGCUUGGUAUUCUGCCUCCUGAGAACUUUCCAGACAAACUGAUGGAGAGCCUGCUGUCGAUUGCCCCCAGUGGGAUGACGCGAGUACAAACCAUGGCCUGUGGUUCCUGCUCCAAUGAGAAUGCUUUCAAGACCAUGUUUAUCUGGUACAGAAAUAAAGAGAGAGGAUACGCCACCCCCUCUGAGCAGGAAGUCGACUCUUGCAUGAUCAACCAGAGUCCUGGUUGCCCAGAUUUGAGCAUCCUGUCUUUCAUGGGAGCUUUCCAUGGGAGAACUUUGGGUUGCCUGGCCACAACACAUUCCAAAGUCAUUCACAAGCUGGAUAUACCGUCCUUCGACUGGCCCAUCGCACCCUUCCCUAAGCUGCAGUACCCUCUGGAGGAAUUUGUGAGGGAGAACGCCCAGGAAGAGGCCCGCUGCCUGGAGGAGGUUGAGGAUCUCAUCGUGAAGUGGAGGCAGAAGGGCAAACCAGUGGCUGGCAUUGUGAUCGAGCCCAUCCAGGCAGAGGGAGGGGACAACCAUGCUUCACCUGACUUCUUCAUCAAACUGAGAGAUAUUGCACGCAAGCAUGGCUGUGCUUUCCACGUGGAUGAGGUGCAGACAGGUGGAGGAACAACAGGCAAGUUCUGGGCCCAUGAGCAUUGGGGCCUGGACGACCCUGCUGAUAUUGUCUCCUUCAGUAAGAAGCUGCUGACAGGAGGAUACUACCACAGGGAUGAACUGCAACCAGACAAACCCUACAGAAUCUUCAACACUUGGAUGGGAGACCCCUCAAAGAAUCUGUUCUUGUUAGAGGUGCUUAAUGUGAUCCGAAGAGAGAACCUUCUGGAAGAGGUGGUGCGCUCAGGGAAGGCUCUUCUACAGGGCCUUUACGCACUGCAGACCCAGUACCCUCAUAUUCUGAGCGGAGCCCGCGGCCAGGGUACAUUCUGUGCCAUAGACGCCUGCAAUGAUGCCACACGUGACAGUAUCAUGAAUAAGGCCAGGAACAAGGGUCUGUUUAUGGGUUCCUGUGGAGAAAAGACCAUCCGUUUCCGUCCUGCUUUGGUCUUCAAGGAGUUCCAUGUCCAUCAGCUCCUGAACAUCCUGAACGACGUUCUGGCUGAGCAUAAAUAGAGUUCUUGCUGCCAGGUCGGCCUUGAUUACGGAGCACAUAGGGGUCCAAGACCACUCAAGGGUUUAUACCAGCCUGUCACAAUUAAUUGGUCACUCUGUCUCUCUCUUUUCAUUCACUCUCUUCCUGUCAUUACUAAUUAAGAAGGAUAGAAAUCUGUUUUCUAUCUCUUUUUAUUUAGCUGACAGAUUUCAGCCCCAUCAACAUAUUUCUCGUCUUUUACUGAGGGUUGACAGAUUGAAGAUCUGAAGGAGUUUGCAGGAAUGAUCCCACUCAAAUUACAUAUUUAAAUCCACCUCAGUUUGUGUCCUACAAUGAAUGAAUGAAUGAAUGAAUGAGGCAUUUAUAUAGCGCUUUAUUGUGUAUUGCAAUACACCCAAAGCGCUUUACAAGCAGCAAGUCAGCUGAAUAAAGCAAUAUAGUGACCACAGACACAGGACAGGAUUUCAAAUCGCAAUAUUUCUUAUAUCCCUUUAUAUGUCAAAUAAAAAAAGUCCUUAGCAUUUGGAAGGUAACAUUAAAAGAUUAGUGAUCUAAUUGUGUAUGACGCCAAAACUACAGAAAAGCAGCUGUUGUCUGAUUGAUUAUAUCAUUUAUGGACAUGAAAUCGAACUAUUGUAGUAUCUAUAGAGAAAUGGCUGCAUUUGAAAUGUCAAUAGUGUGAAAUUUUGCAUGACGGAAGAUUGAAUUUCCAGAGUACCUGAAUAUAACAGUCCUCUCUGAAUUAAAAGCAUGUGUGAAAGACAAACCGUGGAAGCAGCGUUGGCCUCAUUGCAUUCUGAGGUACUAGAGAAAGCCAAUGGAAAGCUGGAAGAAGUGAAAGUGCAGAGAACUAUAGAGCCUCUAUUCCCAUUUUAAUAAGACGUCCGUAGAGAGGAAAACCUUCAAGCAAUCAACAAGUUCCUUUAUUGAGGUGGCAGCUUUACUGUCAUUGCUCAGUCAUAAAGAACCAUUGUCUGAGACACGAGGCCUCUCAUUUGAAUCCCGGUGAGAUAUAUGAGCGCAGUGUUUCCAGCACAAACAUAUAAAGCACAACCUGGUGUGGUAAUGUGAGGGCUGAUAUUUUCUACAAUCCUACAGCAUUAACAGGGUGAAUGAAAGGCCAUAAAUCUGUAUUUUUCAAAGCCAAACAUCAACCUAACAAUAGAAAUCUGUCAGGAAGCCUGUUUGAAAAGCACAAGCCUCUGCUCAGGUGAACAUGAUCCCCUCGUGUUUCUCAUUACAGGCCGUGCAAGAAAAGGUAUAUCGUUUUGCUGGAUAACAACUACAAGGCCAUCUUCACUUAAUGGUUAUCAUAGCCUGUAAACAUUUAUGAUCUUUGGGGUGAUUCUCCUCUUCCAGUUGCUCCGAGCCGACAGAGUAAACGUCCUUUCAGCUUGAUUAAAACAAACCGUCUUUUCCUUUUUAAAAACACUUAAACCCCAGUAUGUACUUACUGUAGUGAGAUUAUGCAAUGCUCAUUGUGUAAGUUUUGUUUGUGAACACUAAAAUGUUUCCAGCCGCAUCGGAAUCAAGUUCCUGACAUUAACUGACAUUAACGCAUCAAAUAUUAAUAUGUACGAAAUCAAACCCUCUCUAACACAGAGUGUUACUCUUUCGUGAUAUUGUGCCCCAUAUGUUAGUGUAAUGUAGAAAUGUAAUUCAUGUUGUUUUAAUGUUGUGAACAGGCAGUGUGCAUAGCUGCGACCUGAGUUGUGAAAGCUGUCUGUACUCUGCAAAAUCAGUAUUUAAUUGAGAAAUGUGUAUUAUUGAUACAUACAAUAACAAUUAUAUUAAAAAAAUGCAGAUGUUUACAGUUGUGUGUAGUACAAAUAGAAAGAAAUUGAUGUAAUUUCUACAUAAAAUCUAAAUGUUGUCUGAGGAAGCUAUAAAAUAAAUCUGUUAAAAUAAAUCUGACAAUUUUGAUUAA